CCGUUGUCCUCCGUAGCAAGCGCCUUCUGAGCUCUGCUUCUUCUGCCCCAGUGGUCGAAUGGAAACAUCUGCUCUGUAAGUUCUGGUUUUGCGUGCCGGGUCCCUGUUUCCUGGUGGAAGCAGAAGUUGCAGCUCGCUGCUUCGUGACAUCUGUCACAAGAAGGUGUCAGAUCGAAAGCGAAGACAGACGACCGAGGACGGAUGCCUGAGCGCUUGGGAUGUUGAAGACGCCCCAAAGCCCUUGGGACCAAAUUGAAUAAGUGGGAGAAGGUAAGAGGGGAUUAAAUGGAACCUGUGAGCCGCUUAGGGCCUGGAUCUGUGAGAGGGUGGUGGGAAGGGCAGAGGAUUUGGGAAAGCGCAAAGGAAUGGGUGAAUGAAGAGAGACACUGAUAUUAGGGGCAGGGAGAGAUUUCAGUGAGUCUUCCUGUGAAAUGUCUGAGGCUUCAGUCACCUACAAAGUUCAGAGGGCUGGAGCGGUGGAGCGACUGAGCUGUAUGAGCUCAACAGUUAUUUUAUUUUAUUUUAUUUUAUUUUAUUUUAUUUUAUUUUAUUUAUUUUGUACUUCUGCAAGCCUUGGGGUUCUUGUCUGCAAUUCUGGUGGCGCUCACCACUUGCAUUUGCUGUGUAGCUGCUGUAUACAGCUGGCAGAGCACGAGACUCUUCAUCUCAGGGUUGUGGGUUUGAAUCCCACGUUGGGCAAAAGAUUCCUGCAUUGAGGGGGUUGGACUAGAUGACCCUCGCGGCCCCUUCCAACUCUACAGUUCUGUGGCAGCUGUGAUAGCUGAGCAUGCAUUGUGCAAAUUGGACGCAUACCUUGGAGUUGUUGUGGUGGUUAAAAAACAUCCCAUGUAAAUUUUUCAGCAAUGUAGUGCAGCAGUUAAUCAUGCGAGCUGCGUUUCUAGGUACAAAAUUAUCUCAGACACGCUUGGUGACUGUCAGACGAGUCAUUGUUCCCUCAGCUUCAUCCACCCCUCAAUCUCCAGUAUAGAGAUGAUUAUGUUACUGACUUGCCUUCCACGGCAGUUGUGAGGGUUUGCUGAGAAUUUGUACAUGAAGCAGUUUGAACAUUUGAAGUGCUCUUUUUAUCUGCCUGUGAGAAACCCUGUUGUUCCUUAAUUUGUUGUUGUUUAGUCGUUUAGUCAUGUCCAACUCUUCGUGGCCCCAUGGACCAAAGCACGCCAGGCACUCCUGUCAUCCACUGCCUCCCGCAGUUUGGUCAAACUCAUGCUGGUAGCUUCGAAAACACUGUCCAACCAUCUCGUCCUCUGCCGUCCCCUUCUCCUUCUGCCCUCCAUCUUUCCCAACACCAGGGUCUUUUCCAGGGAGUCUUCUCUUCUCAUGAGGUGGCCAAAGUAUUGGGGCCUCUGUCCUUCCGGUGAGCACUCAGGGCUGAUUUCCUUCAGAAUGGAUAGGUUUGAUCUUCUUGCAGUCCAUGGGACUCUCAAGUUCCUAAAUUAUAGAUCAAUAAUGGCAGAAAAUGUUUUCUGAGACAGCCUGCCCCCUACUACCAAUAAUAAUAAUAAUAAUAAUAAUAAUCCCAUGCCUUUGACUUGUCUCUUUUGUUUCGUUCUAGAACACCUCAUUUCUUACUCUGGCAAUGCUUGUUUUGCAUUGUGAAGGAGACGGUAGGUGAAUUUCAGUCCUUGGUGUCAACUGUUCUCAUCCACAGGUUGGAAUCAGGACCAGCCCUGCCAUUGGGUAGACUGAGGCAGCUUCCUCAAGAGGCAGGGGCAGAGGUGGGGAAGGGGUUUCGAUUUCUGGGAAUGGAGUUCAGAGAUGACCUAACCUGGGGAGAAAACAGCAAAGACCUGAUGAAGAGAGCACAGCAGAGGUUAUAUUUUCUGAGAAUCCUCCGGAAAAACAAUCUCGCAAAGGACCUGCUAAUGGCAUUUUACCAUUGUACUGUGGAGAAUGUAUUAACUUAUGGUCUGUGUGUGUGGUUUGGGAGCUGCACGGCCAGGGAAAAAACAAUGCUGUCCAGGGUUGUAAAGACUGCAGAGAGAAUAACUGGGUGCACUCUUCCCACCUUGGAUCAAAUCUACGCUUCCAGGUGCCAUAAGAAAGCUGCAGAGAUAGCGCAGGAUAGUACGCACCCCGGAAAUGAUCUCUUUCAGCUUCUGCCUUCUGGAAGAAGGUACAGGGUUAUUAAGAUUAGGACUAGCCGCCUGAGAAACAGUUUCUAGCCAAAUGCAAUUCUGGUUCUAAAAGCAGCAUAAGGAGUCUCUAGUAUAUUGUAUUUUAAAAUGGGGUUUCAGAGUUUUUAGGGGGUUUUGAAUGUCUUACGUAGAUUUUUCAAUUUCAUUGUUCUCUAUGGGACAAUGACAAUAAAGAUAUCGUAUUGUAUCGUUAAUGCCCAUUUAGAACACAUGGCUUUCCCCCGAAGAAUCUUGGCAAGUGUAGUUUACUAUCUGCCGGCCUACAAUUCCUGGCGGCUUUUAACAAUCUACUGUUUCCAGCUUUGUGCCUCAGUGUGGGGUUGGUGGUGCCAUAGGAAAUGUAGUUCUCCCAGGGGCUGUGGAAACUGCACCUCCCAUGGACCCCUGAGCUGGGAUGUGCUGUUACCCAGAACGUCAGAGCCACAGAGGCGAGAGAAGACACCCCAAAACUCAUUCUCCUCCUCUGCUUGGACCCCUUCACCUCUGCUCUCAUCACCAGCAGGAGUGCCUGUUUGGCCCCACAACUGUGGGUGUUUGGGCUGUGAGUGCCAUGCAGUGUGCAAGGCACCGGCACCGAAAUUUGUGGGUGCCUGGCCCCUUCAUGGAGAAUUUUGUGGCUUCCCAGGCACCCAGGUCCCCGGGGAGUUGGCACCUAUGUCACCAAGGUAUGGAAAAUGAGGAGAGUAUGUUUUUGGGUGGCAGCUUUUGACGAUGAGGUAGGGCAGCUGAGACGAGCAGGUAAUUUUCUCAAGUCCUUAGAUUGGCUCAGGCAAACGUCUUGAUUUAUUCUGCUGUGUUCUUUUGUGUGUGUUGCGGAUGCUUUGAAAAAAGAAAUCAGGUAAUUUGUGUGAGCUAAUCCAACAGGAGCUUGGGAUAGGCGGCAGAACUUUUCAAAAAGCAUUUUUCCUCAAGAAACUCAAAAGGGCAUGUGAAAGGGCACGUUUUAAAUCUUCCCUUUAAAUAUUCAAACACACAUUUACUUAGAUGAAAGAGCGUCAUGAUGAAUCGUGCAUUUUAAUAGCAAAUAACUGUCAUUUCACGAAAGCUGAAUUUAAAAAUGUCCUAACUCGAAUACAGCGGAGCCUUGGUUUUUUGAGCAUCUCGGAAGCCGAACAAUUUGGAAGCCGAAUGCCGUAAAUCUUCCGGAAGUAAUUGCUUGCGUUUUCGAAUGUGCCUAGGAAGUUAAAUGGCUUCCACUGUGUGUUUUUCCAUUUUUUCAAUGGAUUUUGAACGUUUCGAAAGUUGAACAGUCUUCUGGAACAGAUUACGUUCGAAAACUGAGGUUCCACUCGUGUGUGUGUGUGUGUACACACACACACACACACACACACACAGUGGUAUCGGGUUAAGUACUUAAUUCGUUCCGGAGGUCUGUUCUUAACCUGAAACUGUUCUUAACCUGAAGCACCACUUUAGCUAAUGGGGCCUCCUGCUGCUGCCGCGCUGUCGGAGCACGAUUUCUGUUCUCAUCCUGAAGCAAAGUUCUUAACCCAAGGUACUAUUUCUGGGUUAGCAGAGUCUGUAACCUGAAGUGUAUGUAACCUGAAGCACAGGUACCACUGUGUGUGUGUGUAUAUACCAUAUACACACACACACACACACACACAGAGUCAUACCUCGGGUUACAGACGCUUCAGGUUGCGUUUUUUCGGGUUACGGCUGUGCCGAAACCCGGAAGUACCGGAAUUGGUUACUUCUGGGUUUCAGCGGUCGCGCAUGUGCAGAAGCGCUAAAUUGCGCUUUGCGCAUGUGCAGAAGUGCCAAAUCGCAACCCGUGCAUGCGCAAACAUGCAGCUGCGGGUUGCGAACGCUGCGGGUUGCUAACGUGCAUUCCGCACAGAUCACGUUCACAACCCAGGCGUCCACUGUGUGUGUGUGUGAUAGCUGUCAACGUUUCCCCUUUUUUAAGGGAAAUUCCCUUAUUCCAAAUAGGAUUCCUCACAAGAAAAGGGAAAAGUUGACAGCUAUGGUGUGUGUGUGUACACACACACACACACACACACACACACACAAAACAACACCAAAACCCCCACUCUGGAACACGCUGGCGCUGCCUCCUCUCUCUCUCUGGCUGAAAGAAUUUUCUUAGGCAGCAUCUGUUCACCAGAUACUCUGUGGGAAGUGGAAGUGCUGGUGGGGCCUGGCAAAUGCCCAGACAUGCCACCCUCUGGAAUGGGCGCUGGGUGGAAAAGGUCUUGCUCCAGCCCCCUCAGGCCUACGUCCUCAGGAGGGGUGACACGAACUACAGCUAGUUUUGGUUCCAAGGCGAGGAGUGGGAUCAUAGGCAAGAGGAACGGGGGGCAAGAGGGGGACUGGGCUCCCUGGCACUGACGGCGUCACAUCUUCCCAAUUACGCAGAUCGCUGCCAAAUCACAAAGUGGCUGCUCUUCGGAGGAGGAGCGGCCAUUCUCCUGAUGCUGUUGGUUAUCGUGAUCCUUUCCAUCUGCCUCUGCCGUGUCUGCAAAAGAGGUAACGAUCUCGUUGCGAAAUAUCUGGGAACAGCCUCUAAAGCAGGAGAGAAAAACUUCCUGAAACAAAGGACGUCCUUUUUAAAAAUCAAAACCUUUUUAGCUGAGAGGUUGGUCCUUGCUGGAGAGCCUGCAAAGUCCUAAACCUCUGUUCCUGAAAUGAGUAGGGAAGUGGGGAAUUGUUCUAAAGUUGAGAAUACUUUCCUCAAAUCAGUCCCGGUCCCCAACAGUUAGGAAACCUCAAUAUGUUUAUUGGCUCUGUGUUUCGGAGAGACCUGAUCUCGGGGGGGGCGGGGGGGAAGGACAGACUUCUGUGGUCGCAUAUGCAGAAGGUCCCUGUUAACGGAAAAAUCCGAGGGCUCCCUUGGACAAAAACAAAGACACCAACCAGGAUUACUUGGAGCGAAACAGCAGCCUGUAGGCUUGGCCUUUAUUGAUCUGUUGCAACAGGGUGCUCCCCUCACCCGCAGGAGAGAGGAGGGACCCAGAAAAAGGCGCGCAAGGCCUUUUAAAGACUUUUGAAAUUGCCACCCCCAGAAACAUCAUACAUACAUCACAGAAGGGGUGUAACCUAAGACCACCCCUCAGAUACAUCACACCUACAUCACAGAAAAGGCAGUCUAAAACAGAAAUUUAAAUGUUGUUUUUCUCCUGUCCUUGUUUAUCUCCUGUCUGGCAGGCUACUUGAUUGGAUUGCCUGGAGAGCCUGGCCAGUCUUUUGUAAUGAUAAAUACUUAGUUCCUGGGCCAGGUCACAGGCUCACACCCUAUUCAAACACAGACAUACCCUUAAGACAGGAUUUGUGAAGGAAAAGACAAUAGGGAGGCUUUUCCAGUUUGACCUUGCAGAGAAAACAUUUGCUCAGUUUAGGAAUCAAAAUGGUUCCAGGUUGGCCUUCCUGUGCUGAUCUAUGUAUGUGCUUGGUUGGUACACUUAUGAACAUUACCAUAUAUCUAAGGCCAUAAAAUUCCUAUCACAUCCUGAAUUCAAUUCCUGGCAUCUCCCUGCGCAAGGCUUCCUGCCUGACACCCUGGAGAGAGGCUGCCAGUCAGUGUAGACAAUAUGCAGCUGAGUACAUCAAGGAUCUGACUCAGCAUAAAGCUGCCUCCUAUGUCCAUACAAACUACGUCUCCUGGUCUAGCGUGAGGACCAGAACGCAGAUACAGGGCACCUUUCAGACAUCCUUUGUUUUGUGUAUUUAUUAUUUCAUAUCCUCCAAGUGUCCCUAUUUUCUAGGAACAUUCCUGGAUUUACAGAAGCUGUCCUAGUUUCUGAUUUGAUCUCGGAAUGUGCUGCUUCUCCUUAGGACGUUCCUAUUUUCAAUGGAGAAAAGUUGGAGGGUAUGGAGUUAUCUGACCCCUGAGCCAAGGAGAUAAGUAACUAGGCAACCUUUAGAAGACAUCUGAAGAUAGCCCUGUAUAGGGAAAUGUUUUAUUAUGUUUUUGUUUGUUGGAAGCCGCCCAGAGUGGCUUGGGCAACCCAGUCAAAUGGGGUGGGGCAUAAAUCAUAAACUACUUCUUCUUCUUGUUGUUAUGGAAUAGGAUGUCCCUAUUUUCAAUGGAGAAAUGUUGGAGGGUAUGUUAUUUAUCGUAUUUAUUAUCAAGGAUCGCAGGCAAGCAAAGAAAAAGUGAUGAAGCAAUUUAUUAAAAGCUUUAAAAUUAUAGAAUUGUAGAGUUCAAAAGGACCCUGAGGAUCAUCUAGUUCAACCUGCUUCGAUGCAGAAAUCUCAACAAAACAUCCAUGACAGAUUCAAAACAUCUCCAGUACAGUGGUACCUCGGGUUAGGAACUUAAUUUGUUCUGGAGGUCCGUUCUUAACCUGAAACCGUUCUUAACCUGAAACCGUUCUUAACCUGAAGCACCACUUUAGCUAAUGGGGCCUCCCACUGCUGCCACUGCGUGAUUUCUGUUCUCACCCUGAGGUAAAUUUCUUAACCCGAGGUACUAUUUCUGGGUUAGCAGAGUCUGUAACCUGAAGCGUAUGUAACCUGAAGCGUUUGUAACCCGAGGUACCACUGUACAGAUAUGGACAGGGAAAUAACUCAACCAAAAUUAAACCCCCUGCUAGAAUACGAAAUCCCGCUUUCAACAAUAAUUUUAGUGAUUAUUUUAUUAUUUAUACCCCUCACAUCCGCCUGGGUUUCCCCAGCCACUCUUGGCGGCUUCCAACACAUCUAAAAGCACUUGCAGGUGUUUGUGGGAUGGCAGACUGCGUUGUUUCCACAAUCAGUGCAUGUCUUGCCACUUCCUACUGAAAUCCUGUUGGCUUUCCACACCACAAGUGUUCUGGGUUACUGUUGUUUUUAUUCCUUAAAAAAUAUUUAUAUCCUACUAUACUUUUUAAAAAAACAACAACCCCAAAGCAAUUUACAGCUAUAUAAAAUUAUAACAAAAAUGCACAAACCUUUAAAAUCAGAGACCACCAGCCAACCAUUAUGGGAAGAUGUAGGGUAAAAGCACCUCUCUAGAUGGCAAUAAGGCACCAAAUAUACCAAAAUGAUAUGUGGAUGACCCAGUGUACAUCUACCACUCACAUACAUAUAUUGCAUCAGUGAUAUACAGUGGUACCUCAGGUUACAUACACUUCAGGUUACAUACACUUCAGGUUACAGACUCCGCUAACCCAGAAAUAGUGCUUCAGGUUAAGAACUUUGAUUCAGGAUGAGAACAGAAAUCGUGCUCUGGCGGCGCGGCAGCAGCAGGAGGCCCCAUUAGCUAAAGUGGUGCUUCAGGUUAAGAACAGUUUCAGGUUAAGUAUGGACCUCCAGAACGAAUUAAGUACUUAACCCGAGGUACCACUGUAUUGUCAAAAGCUCUUGGGGGAAAACAAACAAAUCCAAAGACAUAUUCUGGAGGGACCUAUAAAUCAGAUAUUUCACUUCGCCAAAUACUUUACACAGAAAAUCACCGUGCGAGCAGCUACAAAGUUUGGCUGCUACCGGGACCCAACGCAACCACAUUUUAAGAAGCAGGGACUGUAAAUUGCCUUGGGAGCAACAGAAUGUCCUGACAGUGUUGCUCCUCCCAGUGACAUUGCCUGGAAAAAUAGGUGGUUACCCUAUGCGAGCUUUGCGUGCCUGCGUGUAAAGUAUUUUUGUACUUCUGCAAACCUUGGGGUUUUUCCCAAGCCUGUGGAUGUGUGAUGAUUAUGGAGAAUGUAGUGGCUGAGUUUUGGUUAUUAAGGCAGCUUCCUGGGCUGCUGCUUGCUGUAAAAAAAUAAAGCACAACCUGAGGAAAGAAGAAUAUAAAAUGAAAGCAAACAUACCUUUAAUUCACAAUUUUUGUCCUAAUAAUAAUAAUAAUAAUAAUAAUAAUAAUAAUAAUUUACACCCUGCCCAUCUGGCUGGGUUUCCCCAGCCACACUGGGCGGCUUUCAACAGAAUAUUAAAAUACAAUAAUCUGUUAAACAUUAAAAACUUCCCUCCUAAACAGGGCUGCCUUCAGAUGUCUUCUAAAAGUCUGGUAGUUGUUUUUCUCUUUGACAUCUGUUGGGAGGGCGUUCCACAGGGCGGGUGCCACUACUGAGAAGGCCCUCUGCCUGGUUCCCUGUAACUUGGCUUCUCGUAAUGAGGGAACCGCCAGAAGGCCCUCGGCGUUGGAACUCAGUGCCCGGGCAGAACGAUGGGGGUGGAGAAGCUCCUUCAGGUAUACUGGGCCGAGGCCGUUUAGGGCUUUAAAGGUCAACACCAAGACUUUGAAUUGUGCUCGGAAAUGUAAUAAUAAUUUAUACCCUGCCCAUCUGGCUGGGUUUCCCCAGCCACACUGGGCGGCUUUCAACAGAAUAUUAAAAUACAAUAAUCUAUUAAACAUUAAAAGCUUUCCUAAACAGGGCUGCCUUCAGAUGUCUUCUAAAAGUCUGGUAGUUGUUUUUCUCUUUGACAUCUGGUAGGAGGACGUUCCACAGGGCGGGUGCCACUACCGAGAAGGCCCUCUGCCUGGUUCCCUGUAACUUGGCUUCUCGCAGUGAGGGAAAGGCCCUUGGCGCUGGACCUCAGUGUCCGGGCAGAACGAUGGGGGUGGAGACGCUCCUUCGGGUAUAACAAGUGUUUUUGUUUUCCUUCGCAGGAAAGAAGCGGAAACCUGUAGAAGUAAGUAUGGUGUGAUUUAGAGAUAAUCACCAAGCGGGCAGAGGAGGUUGGGUGAGGAAGAACUGUACACAUUUGCAGCAUGUAGAUUCAGGAUCCACAGACGAACUGGAGGGAUGGGGAACGGCUCAAAGGAAUUUUAUUCUCCGGAGCUUCUAAGGCAAACUUGCGCAACAACCUCUGUGGAGUCCUGCAGAUGUCGUGGGCUCCCAGCCCCAUCAUCCUAAGCCAGCCUGCCCAACACAUCACCACAUUGGCUAUCCCUGCCCUAGGCCUCUGGAACUGCCUGGGCCCUGUGGCUCUCGGGCAAGUCCUCACAUUACCAACCUUCAUAGUUCUUAGGGAGCAUCUCUAGACUCUAAAUUCUAUCAAUACCAGAAGGUCGUCCCUGAGAUAAAUUCAAGGUGUUAGAGCUGAUCAUUGUGCUUUUGGAACGGCUUGUCUUAAAAACAGUGCUCGUCCCAUGAGCUGCACACUGGCCUGAGCUCGGUGUAGUGUCUAGGGAUGUUGGAGUGGAAAUUGCCAAUGUUCACUGGUUUGCUUCAUGUCCAGAAACUGGAAACCAACCCAGUGUAUAUGUUGUUGUAGGGACGUGGGUGGCGCUGUGGCCUAAACCACUGAGCUUCUUGGGCUUGCCGAUCAGAAGGUCGGCGGUUCGAAUCCCCGUGACGGGGUGAGCUCCCCUUGCUCGGUCCCAGCUCCUGCCAACCUAGCAGUUCGAAAGCACGCCAGCGCAAGUAGAUAAAUAGGUACCGCUGCGGCGGGAAGGUAAACGGCAUUUCCGUGUGCUCUGGUUUCCGUCACAGUGUCCUGUUGCGCCAGAAGCGGUUUAGUCAUGCUGGCCACACAACCUAGAAAGCUGUCUGUGGACAAACUCUGGCUCCCUCACCCUGAAAGCGAGAUGAGCGCUGCAACCCCAUAGUCGCCUUUGACUGGAUUUAACCAUUCAGGGGUCCUUUACCUUUUUUACCUGUAUGUUGUUGUGGCUGCUUUCAGCCCAUAAAUGACACUUAAUUAUGUCCUAACCACCCCACCCCCCAAUCUGUAUUGCAUUUCCUUUUCAUUGGAAUAACCUAAUGACAACGUAAUGUAAUGCUAAUGAUGUACAGUAUUCCCUCAUCUUAGGCAGGGGUUCAGUUCUGAGGGUUAAGCAUGUAGUCAAACCUUUGGCGGUACCCUGUGGCUAGUGGGUGAGAGGGGGAGGGAACACCCCAGGAUUACCAAAACUGGCAUGCCAAGUGGGCCUCACUGGGCCCACUUGCUGCCAUGGAAAUGGAAGGCUAGGGAUGUUCACGUGAGAUCUCGCGGGAUCUUAGAUUCUCCCGUGUGAUCUCAGGGAGCAUUCCAGAACUGGUGUGCUAAGUGGACCUUGCCCCCAAGUGGACCUGGUACAAAAAGAGCACUCCACCUUGCGUGGGACUAGACUUGCGCAAUUUCAACCAGCCUGCCUUUAAGCACAUAUGUUUGAAAUUGUGCGCGUGAAAUUAGGACGUCCUGCAAUAUGGCUUAUGUCAUUUUUGGUGGGAGAUGAACUGCAGCGGAACAGAAACAGCACUGCAUGUGAGAAAUCCAAGGAGGAAUGGGGGGAAAAAAUGGCUACAUACGUCCCUAGUGAUGACCAGCCAGUGUCUUCUUGAGACUGUACCACUUUGGACUGUGGACAAGGGCUCACAUGACUAAAUAGGGAGAGGGGAGGGAAAAUCUUUAUACACGUAGAAAACUGAUGUAUCAAGAGGGAGGCCAAGCUGAAAACCCUCUUCUUGUCUUCUAUUUUUCUAUGUGGAGAGGUGGGGUUUUUUUUGUCCAGAAUAAUUCAAGCCUAUGAGGGCACAUCUAAAGUCUGGUACAGUCCAGAGAAACAAGUUUAGCUCCUCAGUGGAGGCUGGAUUAAAAAAAAUGCAGAAGAAGUACGCAACCCAAAAAAGGACUCAGAUUUGCAUAAAAUUUGAGCAGUGGGAUGAAACUGAAUUCCGCUGAACUGUGACCAGAAUUGUGGUGGUGGAGGUGAUAGGGCUAAAUUUGUACUUGCUGCAGAAAGUGGGUGGGUAGAGAGGAAAUCAACUGAUACAGCAAAGGCCCAAAUACAGAUACAGUAUUUUUAUUCCAGUCAAGGGACUAAGGCUGCAACCUUAACCCCACUUACCUAUGAAUAAGUUCCGUUGAACUCAGUGGGGGUUCCUUCUGGGUGCACACAAUUGCACAACACAGUACGAACCAGGGCUGGAUCUAGACCCAUCAGGGAAGCGCUCCAGUUUAAAGCAUUGCAAAACAGGGAAAACAGGUAGAGAAAAAUGGGACUCUGCAUCACCGUCUGGUGGCACAAUGUUAUAUCUCAUAUACAACGCGCAUAAAUCGCUUUUUCUUUACCAGUCUAGCUGAGCCCCAGGUCUAGGCAGAGUCAGUCCUGUUGAGUUCCAUAGGGCUUACUCCCAGGAUGCAGUUCUGCAAUCAAACAAUAUUUACAAAAAAAAUAUGCAUCUACCGUAUUUAAAGUAAAAGUGUGCAUAGAAAUGAGUGGUGAAAGGAACAUGCAAAAAUGUAUUAUAUUAGGAUGAAUUGCUUGCAAAAAAAGUGUACAUCGCUCAAAGCUGCAUACAAAAAAUGUGCCCGUUCAGAGAAAUUCACACUAAAAUGCUGAAUAAUUUUCAUUGCGAUCUUUUUGUAAAACUAACUAACUAACUAACUAACUAACUAACUAACUAACUGCUUCAGGAAUGUGGAGAACUGAUUGGAAAAAUAGGAAACUGAGAGAACCAAAACUGAACUAAAUCCAUGCCUAUUGUGAGGUCAGGGACGCGGGUGGCGCUGUGGGUUAAACCACAGAGCCUAGGACUUGCCGAUCAGAAGGUCAGCGGUUUGAAUCCUCUCAACGGGGUGAGCUCCCAUUGUUCGGUCCCUGCUCCUGCCAACCUAGCAGUUUGAAAGCACGAAGUGCAAGUAGAUAAAUAGGUACCGCUCCAGCGGGAAGGUAAACGGCGUUUCCGUGUGCUGCUCUGGUUCGCCAGAAGCGGCUUAGUCAUGCUGGCCACAUGACCCAGAAGCUGUCUGCGAACAAACGCCGGCUCCCUCGGCCUAUAGAGCGAGAUGAGCGCGCAACCCCAGAGUCGGUCACAACGGGACCUAAUGGUCAGGGGUCCCUUUACCUUUAUUGUGAGGUCAGGUGAGGGAAACAUAGCCCUCACAGGCGGAGAUAAGGAGAGAUGGGCUUGAGACCCUCCCUGACAGGUGAAUUCUGCCAAUGGUGGCUUCUGCCAUCAUCCAAGCACUCUGCCCAGGGAACUCCCAAGGGUCAACAAGGAUGGAGGAGGUGGUAUGGUGGUGGUGGUGGGGCUGAAUUUCACGUUCCGGUUUGAAUUAACCAGCCCGCUCUUCUCAUCUUUUGGUACUAACCGAUGUGACCUCUUGCUGUAUCCUUCCCUAUCACUAGGGUGUGGCUGGCAAUCCGGAUGAAGCUAGCUUGCAUUACGCUGAAUUGCAGAACCUCCCCGAUUGCAAUAGAGGGCAGUGUGAUGGGGGGACCUGCCCAGCCCCUUUGGCAUCUCUCAACAACGACUAUGCUACAGUGGCAGAGCUAAAGGAAACGGCCGAUCAGGGAAGCCGCUGCAGGCCUGAGCCAAACAAAGAGGACGGGGCGGAUGGCGCGGUGAGUGGGGACCAGUCGUUCAUGGAACAGGACUGAACUUUCGUUGGACUGGAAUGGGAGAGUCAGCGAGGGGAAGAAGGUUCUGUGCUCGAUGUGGACUGUGUAUCUGUUGUGCUCGGAUUCUGGCCCCAGAGAAGCUGGAACAUUCUGCCAUUGGACUGUUUGAUGCAGGCUGAAUAUCUUUGCAUAGAUCUUGUGGGGAAGGGGUGUGCCUAAUUUAUUUUGCUCCCCCCUUUUCGCAUCUGCAAACAAUUUGGAUUCCAUUUUCGCAAAGGGGAUGCAGGCAUAGGCAAACUCCGGCCUUCCUACAAUCCCCAUCAUCCCCGACCACUGGUCCUGUUAGCUAGGGAUGAUGGGAAUUGUAGUCCCAAACGUCUGGAGGGCCGGAGUUUGCCUAUGCCUGCCCAAGCUCAUCUCUACAGCCGCUGACACGCUGUCAUGGAUUUGGAGACCUGGGUUCAAAUCUCCAAUGGGUUGGGCUUCAGAUAAGCCAUUCAUCUUAGGCUGACCUACCUCUCAGGCUGGACCCCCAUGUAUGGAACAAUAGGUGGGGUGCAAAAGUGACCAAACGUGAAUAUAUGUGAAUAUAUAUAUCAUGAGGACUAGCCUAGAAGAAAACCAAUUCUGUGACAGAAAGCAGGUUCCAUAUCUGCGCUGUGACAUGUCACCAGACUUCCCAGCAUGUCAGAGCUGAAAACAGGGAGACUCUUUCUUGUAUAUUGCCAGCAUCUGUGUUUUCACCCUGCCCUCUCUCAUUACACAAAGCUGUUAUUUUCCUACUGUACACUAUCUUCAUUGAGUCUACAAUAGUCUUUCUUUCGCUUCCCCUCAAAGCAAGGUGCACCAGUAAAACUUACAGUGGAGGUCU